GCUUUAGCUAACUUCCUCAUUAGCAACGUUAGCUUCAUAGUGAUCCACAGUCCAGCGUCGUGUCUGCUUAAAGCGACUCGUCGUUUUUUUUACUCUUAAUUUCAUUUCUCUUCGUGUCUUACUUAUGUCUAAGCCUCCUCCCAAACCGGCCAAGCCAGGCCAAGUCAAGGUGUUCAGAGCGUUGUUCACCUUUGAUCCCAGAACACCAGAUGAGUUGUACUUUGAAGAAGGAGACAUUUUGUACAUCUCAGACACGAGUGACAGUAACUGGUGGAAGGGGACAUGUAGAGGGAGGACAGGACUAAUUCCUAGUAACUAUGUUGCCGAACAAGCAGAAUCCAUUGAUAAUCCAAUGCAUGAAGCAGCCAAACGAGGCAACAUGAGCUGGCUGAGAGAAUGUCUGGAGAACAAGGUUGGAAUCAACGGGCUGGAUAAGGCUGGAAACACUGCCCUCUACUGGGGAUGCCACGGAGGACACAAAGAUGUGGUGGAGUUGUUGCUAAGCCAGCCCAAUGUGGAGCUCAACCAACAGAAUAAACUUGGAGACACACCACUGCAUGCUGCUGCCUGGAAGGGCUACUCUGAUAUUGUGGAAAUGCUGCUUAACAAAAAUGCACGGACAGACAUUAGAAACAAUGAGAAUAAACUGGCUCUGGAGAUGGCCACCAACGCCCAGUGUGCUUCACUUCUCAAGAGGAAGCAAGGAAGCAACGUCACCCGCACACACAGCAACGCUGAGGAGUAUUUGGACGACGAGGACUCGGACUGAGCCUCAGCUAGACCAUCUUCACUGUCUUCCAUUGGUUCUCUGGAGGUCGCGGACAUU